AUGGAAGCUAAACACGUUUGGUCUACUGAAGGUCCGUCAUCAACAAUAACCCUUCCAUGGGUCCCAGUUGUUGGGGUCAUAGCGGGUACGGUUCUUCUUUAUGUUAUCUUCACCGGAGUUUACAACAUCUGGUUUCAUCCGCUUCGGGCAUACCCUGGCCCCUGGUGGCUUGUCGCCAACCGACUGCCGUACACCUUGUCCGUCUUGCGGGGCACCGCAACUCGGCGGGCAAAGGCUCUGCAUGAGCAGUACGGCCAUGUUGUCCGUAUCAAUCCCGACACCCUGUCGUUCACUUCUGGGGCUGCAUGGCGUGAUAUCUACGGCUCUCAGUCAAGAUGCAACCCGGGCAUACCGAAAGAUCCCUACUUUUACAUGCAACAUCCAGGCCCAGCAAACAUUUCAACCCUCAACGACGAGGACCAUCAUCGUCUCCGGCGUGUCCAGCUCAAUGCCUUGUCUCCGAAGGCGUUGGCGUCUCAUGAGGUGCACGUCCGGCAUCAUGCUUCAGACUUGGUCUCUCAGCUCAGGUCCAGCGCUGAUGCGAAGACAGUCGUCGACAUCUUUCUGCGACUUGAGCUUCUCGUAACAGACAUCAUCAGCAAACUUGUACUAGGCGAGUCGUUUUUCCUGCUCGAGAAGGACGACCCUCAGCCUGGGCAUUUUGGUGUCUUCUCGGUCCUGAAGAAUCACACGUACGCACGCGAAAUGAUGCACUGGCCUAGUAUUUUCAGACGGGCCGUUGUCAGAUUCAUGACCAAGAAACCAGUGACACCAAAUCAUACAAUGUGGAUGACUGGGAAAGCGACACAGAAGCGGUUUCAAUGCGCCGGUGACGAGUAUGAUUACAUCUCGUGCAUGCAAAGGGGCAGCUCCAAGCUAAGAAUGUCGGAGGACGAAAUACGAGGCUCGACCACAGCAUUCAUUAUUGCUGGCAGCGAAACAACUGCGACGGCCAUAGCUGCAACCAUGUACCUGCUAUGCAAGAACCCACGGGUAUACAGUGCCCUCACCCACUCGAUACGCUCUGACUUUCCUCUGGAAUCAGACAUGACCAUGGCCAGACUUGCCCAGCAUGAGCAGCUGAACAAUGUCCUGCAAGAGGCACUCCGCUUGUAUCCCCCCGCGCCGGACAAUCUCUUCCGACGAACCGCCGACAACGCCAGUCUGGUGAUGGGAAAGAUUUUGCCACCAGACACGAGCGUCACGAUGAACGUAUGGGCUGCCCAUACUUCCGCUCUCAAUUUCCAUCGCCCGGAUGAAAUGCUGCCCGACAGAUGGUCGAGUCCGCGCCCAAAGGAGUUCGAAGGUGAUGAUAGGGGGGUUUUCAACCCUUUUGGAGUUGGCCCCAAAGACUGUUUGGGCAAAGGACUGGCGUGGAUGGAAAUGCGCAUCGUAGUGGCCUACCUUGUGUGGCACUUUCAAUUUGAACUCACGCCCGAAAGCGAAGCUUGGAUGGAUGGUCAGAAGGUGUUCAUGUUCUGGGAAAAGCCACCACUGAGGGUCAAAGUGAUGACGAGGUAG